UAUAAUCUAGUGGACGGGAAGAGCAACACGGCUCCGUAUUCAUCCACCUCGAUAGCUUGCUAGGCAACAUGAAACCGAAAUAUUGAAGCUCUUUUAGGCCAUUCUUGUGUAUAUUAGUCUCAGUAUUUUAAACACAAUUGUGUUAACGUAUCAACUGCUUAAAUGUAACGUCAUUUGCAUGUUAAAUGUGUUAACUUGUUAAGAUUGAUACUGAGCCCGGCACUAGGCUAGUUUCUAAUGCUAACCAGCUAAUGCUAUUUAGCGAACUAAUAUCCCCGACCAUGAGCUCACUAAGCUACUUCUCCCCUGCUAAAGACGUCUGCUGGACUCAGAAAGAAGCUCUAGGGCUUAACAUUGUCGUAAAGAGGAUGAUAUUACAGUGAAAGGAGAGGAAGAAGCUUUCAGAAUGAAAAAGGAGGAAGAGGAGGCUAUCACAUUGAAAGAAGAGGAGGAGCAUUUUGGAGUGGAGGGAGUAUCGGCUGUCACAGUGGUAAAAGAGGUAGAAGCUUUCAGAAUGAAAGAGGAGGUAAUCACAUUGAAAGAAGAGAAUGACACUUUAGGAGUGAAAGAGGAAGAGGGGAUACAGGCUGUCACAGUGGAAAAAGAGGUAGAAGCUUUCAGAAUGAAAGAGGAGGAAGAGGCGGCUGUUAGAGUGAAAGACGAACCUUUUUGGGAGGAGGAAGAGGAGGCUGUCUCAAUAAAAGAGAAGGUUGAAGCCGUUCUGGGAGUGAAAGAGGAGGAGACAGAAGAUCUUAUUAACAGCAGAGAGACACAUGACUAUUAUGGAUCCUCUGGGAAGCCUCAACAACAUGAUGCUGACGAGGAAGAGAAGAGUCUUUCCAGAUCAGAACACCAGAUGGACAACGCUAGCCCUUCCUCCCUCCCGGAGUCCCCGUGUCGUGCCUCUCCCGGUAGCACCUUACUGCUGGGUAUGAAGAGGUUGUCUGUGCUGCUGGUGGACUGCAGGAAAACAACGGGGCUGAGUGGAACUGUGAGAGGAGGAGAAGAGAAGAAAGGAUCAGAUUUGACACAUCAAAGAGAAAGACCAGAUUCAGAGGAACCAGAGACGUCCAAACCAGCAAGACGACACCACUGCUCCCACUGUGGAAAGAGUUUUACCCGGUUAAGGGACCUGAAAGUGCAUAGGACAUUGCACACAGGAGAGAAGCCUUACCAAUGUUCCCAGUGUGGAAAGAGUUCUGCAGAGUUAGGGCACCUGAAAGCACAUGAGAGAAUGCACACAGGGGAGAAGCCUUACCAAUGCUCUCUGUGUGGAAAGAGUUUUUCCUUGUUAGCAAGCCUGAAAAGACAUGAGAGGAUCCACACAAGAGAUGCACUUUUCCAAUGCUCCCAGUGUGAAAAUAGUUUUUCCUUGUUAGCAAGCUUGAAAAGACAUGAGAGGAUACACACAGGUGAUAAGACUUUCCACUGCUCCCAGUGUGAAAGGAGUUUUACACGGUCAGGGAACCUGAAAAAACAUAAAAGAAUACACUCAGGAGAAAAGCCUUUCCACUGCUCCCAGUGUGGGAAGGGUUUUACAGAGUUAGGGAACCUAAAAAGACAUGAGAGGACACACACAGGAGAUAAGCCUCAUCGGUGCUCCCAGUGUGGAAAAAGUUUUACCCAGUUAGCACACAUGAAAGUGCAUGAGAGAAUCCACACUGGAGAAAAGCCUUACCAAUGCUCAGACUGUGGAAAGACCUAUUCCUCAUUGCGGUCACUUAAAAGUCACGUGAGAAUCCACACGGGAGAAAAGCCUCACCAAUGCUCAGACUGUGGAAAGACCUAUUCCUCAUCGCGGUCACUUAAAAGUCACGUGAGAAUCCACUCAGGAGGGAAGAAGCCUUCACCCUAGUUUGUAAAUUGUUAUGUCACAUCACAUUGACUUAAUUUCUUCUCCUAGCGGGUAUGUUGAUAUUUCACUUCACAUUAACUUAAAAUUCAUCAGAGAACAUACACAGUGCUCCCGGUGUCUUAUAUUGUUGACUGAUAAUGUGUUUACCUGUCUUUACCAGAUGUAAUUAAAUGGUACAGGGUAUACUCAAACAUAUAUUUGUUUGUUUCUAUUAGAAAACAUUAAUUGAAUAUGGAGUCUGU